UUUUAAUAGAAAUAUUGGUUUAGUAUAAUUUUGUAUAUUGACUUUCCUUCAUUAUUCUUAAUAAUGACAUAUUUAAGUUCGUGGGAAGAGUUCGAAAAAGGAGCCGAGAGGUUAUAUCUUCAAGAUCCAAUGAAGGCUCGGUAUACAAUGAAAUAUUGCCAUAAUAAAGGUAUUCUAUGUCUAAAACUUACAGAUAAUCGAACGUGCCUACAAUAUAAAACAGAGAUAGCACAGGACUUAAAGAAGAUGGAAAAAUUUAUAGGAAACCUGAUGAGGCACAUGGCAUCUAAAGAGAGCUAAAUGAGGACUAGACAAGAUUAG